CCAAGACACCCUCGAACCCUGUGUUUACCAUCCACGAUUCGAUCAUCCCAACAUUCGUUAGAGAGAGGGAAUCGAUCAUUCGGAUGGCGACGACCGCGGCCCCGCUCAGUGCGGAACCUGCUCUGCAGGAAGACCUCGAGACGCUGCCGUUGCCUCCGAAGAGCUAUGCGGAUGCUGCGGUGGAGGAACCGCCGGCCAAUGGCGCGAAUGAUACGAAUGGGGUUGGUGAUGGCGAGAAGGCCACUACACAUACUGCGUCAGUGUUGAAGAUCGUAGGUGCGGGAGCCCCAGCUGAGGAAGAGGAAAGGGAGGGCAGGCCUCGGAUUGACAGGAAGGAGUCAAAGCGUGAAUACUCCGCGAUUGGACUUGAUGAUUCACCACGAAGUCCAUCCCGGCACAGGCACCGCAGGACCGCCUCGCAGAAAAGCAAUGCAUCGCAAGAGAAUUUAAGCACAGAGGAGAAGAUACUGGGAAUCAAGAAGCCUUGCGGCAGUUCGAAAGCGAAGGACAACACCGCAAACACGACCAUUUUCGAGAACGUCCAGGGCGGCCGCAAUGGCAGUCGGCUCAUGAGUGUCAAGCCAUCAGCGGAGUACGAGAAAGGCUUAGAGACAGACAAGAAGGAGGCAAAACUGGUCAGCGGUCGAAAAGCAGGGCAACGCUGGGAGAGGAGCGGCAUUCGAUUCGCGCCAAUGAAUAUACCCCUUCAUCGACGUUUGCAGACCUUAAUGGUUCUUUUCCAUACACUCUGCAUCGCCUCUUCUAUCUCUCUUUUCUUCUUCCUGUGCGCCAUACCCGUCUUCUGGCCGCUCCUAAUCCCGUAUAUGAUAUACUGCAUGUUAUCCAAUGCCUCGACCUCCGGCACCCUCUCUCAUCGGUCGGAUUUCCUACGCUCCUUACCAGUAUGGUCGCUCUUUGCGUCCUACUUCCCAGCACGACUGCAUCGGACUCAGGAGUUACCUCCUACCAGGAAAUAUAUCUUUGGCUACCACCCACAUGGCAUCAUCUCCCACGGAGCGUUCGCGGCGUUUGCAACAGAGGCGUUGGGUUUCAAGCAGCUGUUUCCGGGUAUCCAGAAUACGCUCCUUACGCUGGAUUCAAACUUCCGGAUUCCGAUCUAUCGCGAUUAUGCGUUGGCUAUGGGAUUGGCAAGCGUUUCCAAGGAGUCAUGUGAGAACCUUCUGUCGAAGGGGGGUUCUAAUAAGGAGGGCAUGGGACGUGCAAUUACCAUCGUCGUAGGCGGUGCCCGCGAGUCCCUCGACGCACAGCCCCACACUCUCCGCCUUGUCCUCAAGCGACGCAAGGGUUUCGUAAAGAUGGCCAUCCGUACUGGGGCCGAUCUGGUGCCCGUGCUAGCCUUCGGCGAGAACGACCUCUACGAUCAGUUCCAAGCCGACUCGCAUCCCCAGAUCCACAAGUUCCAACUCAUGGUCAAGAAGAUCCUCGGCUUCACGAUUCCGUUGUUCCACGCCCGCGGUGUCUUCAACUACGACGUGGGACUCAUGCCCUACCGGCGCCCCCUGAAUAUCGUGGUCGGUAAGCCGAUCAAGGUUGUUCAGCAGGAGAGGCCGGAUCAGCAGACCAUCGAUAGGGUUCACGAGGAGUAUGUCCGGGAGCUGGAGAGACUGUGGGAUCUGUGGAAGGAUGACUUCGCGCCGGAGAGGCAGGAAGAGAUGCAGAUUCUAGAAUAGGG